AUGAUUUGGAUUAAUGGGUGUCCUCAAUUUCUGAUAGAUGUUCCCCUAUCCGAAGAAAUUAUUCAAAUAAUUGACAUCCCCCAUACUCCAUUAUUAAGUAUUUUGACAAGAACAAGUGUGUUCAUUUUUAAUCAAUUCACUUUAUUACCGAUUACUUCCCAUGUUAGAAGUUCAACUUCAAUUGAAACUAAUGGAUAUAACUUAAGAGUCAAAAUAAAACAUGUUAGUGUCAAUGCUGCCAAAUCUCAAAAAUUAAAUCUUGUUAAUUUAUUCAUUCAAACCGAAAGUAAUUUCUUAAUCAUAUAUCAAUGUACUAUAAACUAUAAUAGAUCACUUUAUGAAGUGCAUAAUAACAACGAUGAAUUGAUUCAAAGUGGUCUACCGUUGAGUUUCACAUCGGAGAAGUUUUCAUUAGUCAACUUUAUUAAAUCAGCAACUAAAUCUAUUAUUCAUGGAACUGAAGAAUUACUGGUUAAUUUAGAAAAUAUUGAAAAUAUAAAUAAUUCAUCCUUAGAAGAUGAAUUAGGGAAUUAUACUAUUGAUUAUGUCAAGUUAUCAAUUUUCCAAAUAUUGAAAAUAGGAAUUGGAUUAGAACGAUAUUGGUUAGAACAAAAUUCACAUACUUUGAUAAUUUUCAAUAACAAAGAUGAAAAUCAUCCUGAUGUUAAAGAUGAUUAUUUCCAAUUGGUUAACAUUCGUAGUUUUAAGAAUGAAUUAUAUCAAUUGUCUGAGUUUAGUUGGUAUGAGCAUCAUAAAGAUUCGAUGAUUGUUUAUAUAAAUUAUAAUUCAUUUUUUAAUUAUUUCAUAUUCUUGAAUGAAAAGCACGAAUUAUGGUAUAUGUCAAUCGGACACGACAGCGAUGGAGAAAUGGUUACCAACGGUCAUAAAUUACAAGCAGUCAUUCCAAUAACUGACGCAAAAACAUUUCAAAUUUGGUUUAAUCCUGGAUCUAACUUGUUUCUUGUGAGACAAGAUAGUGUAUUGAAAUUAUUCAAGUUUGAAAAUCAAUUGAUUGAAUUUUUAAAGGAUAUGGAUACAAAUUUACCGGAAGAGAUAGGAUUGACUUGGUCUUCAUGUGGAAAAUUCUUUAUAGUAGUAGAUAAAUCUACUGGUCACUGGAAGUUAGUUUCGAAAUUUGGAAAUGCAACAUUUAAAAGUGAAGAUAUACUUCAUGAAAUUGAUGAAAAUGUCGAGGAGAAUAAAAUGUUUUUGACUGCUUCUACAAUAGUCAUUUCAGGAAAUGGAAUGAACUUAUACAUUCUAAGUGAAGAUAAGACUAAACUUUUUUAUGUCAACUUAUUAUCUGGUGUCAAUGAUUCUCAACGAUGUUUAUUAUAUGAUAAUGAAUAUCUUAGCAUUAUCCAAAAUAACAAAAAUAUAAUCCGAUACCCUAUCCUACCGAAAUUUAAAAAAAUCUUACAAAAUCAAGAACACUUUAAUGGUCACUUUAAUAAAUCAAUCAAAAGUCAGAUUGGGAAAUUUUCAUUAGCAAGAAGUGAUUUCAAUCAAAUAUCAAUAAGUUAUGGCGAUCAUUUAGCCAUUUCCACUCCAUAUUGUUCCGGUGAUAACAAGGUGAAUCAUAUUCUUUGGUUUAAUUUCAAAAGUUAUUUCGCCGAUUCUAUGAAUAUAAUCAAUCAUUUCUGGUUUAAAGAUUAUCUAUUAGUUGUGAAUAGAAGAUCCAAGCAUGUGUUUACUGAAGUUGAAGAAGAAAAUCUAGAAAGUAACGGGACUGACCACUUAGUUGAUGAAUUUAUUGUAUUUGAUACGACUGGAACACGAUAUGGUGUUGGAGGGGAAGAUAUUAGUUUUAAUAGUGAUUCAUUACUAUGGAAAUAUGAUUUCAAAAGUACGUUUCUUGAUAUCCAGAUUAUGAAUAAUGACGAUGAGCCAGUUGCUUAUAUAGUCAUUCUUACUAGUGAUUAUAGAUUGAUUGUACUUGAAUUGGAUACUGAAAAGGUCGCCAAAUCAUCGAAAACUGGAGAAUCAAAGCAUUAUAAGAUUUAUAUCUCCGUGAAGAAAACAGUGCAUCUUUCUUCAAUUAAACAUAAAUUACCACUUGAUGAUGUUAGUCAAAUUAGUGUACUCAAUAAUCGACAUUUUUUGUUUUUGUUAAAGACUGGUGAUUUCUAUUUGUUGAAGAACCAAACAGGAAGAUCAGGAUCCGUUAUAAGUAAUAGUUCGGGUCAUUCAGGAAAAUCAACAAAUAUGUAUGAUUUAAUUAAGAUAAAUUCAACAAUUGAAUAUUUUAAAUUCAAAUCGAUUAAAUUUAAUGAAUCUUCAUAUUUGGAAUUUAUUUAUUUAUUCAAUGGUGAGAACAUUUUGAUUUAUGAAGUUGAUCAAUUAUUACAAAAUGCAAGAUCUACCGCAAUUGGCAAUAAACUGAUUGCUAAUAAUAUUGAUCCUCAUGAUUUAUUAUCCGAUGAAGACCUUCAAGAACUUCAGCCUAUUAUUAUUGACAGUGAUGGGAUUCAACCACUUAAGUUUGAUAUAAUUUUAGAUAGUGAUAAUUCAUAUAAGUCAUUAGAUUUAAUUGGAUUGGAAAAUUUAACAAUAUCAAAAGCUAAUGUAGGCGGAUUAAUUAUUAAGAAUAAAAUAUCUCAUAAAUUGAUUUUAAAUAAUUUUAUUGAAUUUGAUUUAUUGAAUAAAGGAGAUUUAGAAAGUUCAUUUAACAAAUAUCGACAAUUUAAAAAUUUUCAUUAUUGUUUAGAAUUACUAUUAUUCAAAUAUUUAACCAUUAGUGACGAGUCAUUAACUUUAAAAAGACUUUGCCAAUUGAUUGAAUUUACUGAAAAUUCAGAAUAUAUUUAUAUUAAUUGUUUAAGAAAGAUUGAAGUUAAUUAUUGGAAUAAAUUCUUUGAUGUAUUGGAAACAUCACCUGCUAAGUUUAUGAAACGAUUAAUUGAUAUAGACAAUGUUGAAUUAUGUUAUAAUUAUCUUAUUAUAUAUCUUAACUUCAAACGUGAAGGUGAAGAAGAUGAAGAAGCUUAUGAUGAGAGAAAGGAUCAAUUGAGUGCUGAUGAUAAAGAAGUGAUUUUGAAAAUUAUGAAAAUGCUUGAUAAAUCAGGAAAAUGGGAUUGGUGUUUUGAAUUAUGUAGAUUUAUCAAAUUAUUAGAACCAAGUGGACAAUUUCUUGGACAGAUAAAAGUUGAACUUAAAUAG